CGUCCUCAUGCAUGACUCAGAGGGCACCUAGAGCCUUGGUGCCCUGCACCUGACCCUUAGCACCCUGAGCUUCCGCCCCCUUCCUGCCCCGACCCACAUUAUGCUUCCCAGAGGGAGGAGAAUCCCAGCUCCCCAAGCCUUGCGAUUGGCCAGAGAAGUCAAGCCCAGCCAGGGAUAAAAGGUGACUGUGAGCAUCCUGCCUGCUUGCCUGCAGCCCAUGUCAACAUGAGCAACCUGGCCUUGUACCGUGGCAUCUACACUGAGGAGCGCUUCCAGCAGCUUUAUGGGACGCCCCCAGAGCCAGAGGGCAGCCUGGCAGGGACGCUGAAGGGCAAGCUGGCCCAGGGGUGCCGCUGCUCCAGGGCUGCAGCCUUGCACUUGCUCCGAAGCAGGCUUCCCAUUGCAAGCUGGCUGCCCAAGUACCAGCCUAGGAAGUGGCUCCUGGGGGACGUGGUGGCAGGGCUGACCGUGGGCAUUGUGCACAUCCCACAAGGAAUGGCCUUUGCUCUGCUCACCUCAGUAGCACCAGUCUAUGGGCUCUACACUUCAUUCUUCCCUGCCCUGCUGUACAUGCUGUUUGGUACGGGGCGCCAUGUGUCCACAGGCACCUUUGCUGUGGUCAGUCUGAUGACGGGCUCCGUGGUGGAGCGCUUGGUUCCUGAGCCCCUGCAGUCCAAUGGCACCAUCCCUGCAGAAGCAGCUUUGCUGGAGGCGCAGCGCAUUGGUGUGGCGGCCGCUAUGGCCUUCCUUGUAGGGCUGCUCAUGACAGGGAUGUUUACGCUUCACCUGGGCUUCCUUUCCACCUACCUCUCGGAGCCUGUCGUCAAGGCCUUUACCUGUGGUGCUGCUUUGCACGUGGUGGUGUCUCAGCUCCAGAGCCUCCUGGGCUUGCCAUUACCACGUCCCGCUGGCUGCUUCGCCAUCUUCAAGACACUGGCAUCUGUUGCGGAAGCCUUGCCCUUAACCAACACAGCGGAACUGCUCAUCUCCGGCUUCUGCUUGGCUGUGUUGGUGCCCAUCAAAGAGAUCAACAACCGCUACCGGAGUCGGCUGUGGGUCCCCAUCCCGGGAGAGAUCAUCAUGGUACUGCUGGCUACUGGGAUCUGUUUUGCUUCCUCCCUAAACACUCACUAUAAGGUGCAGGUUGUUGGACACCUCCCGGCAGGGUUCCCACAGCCCCAGCUCCCAGCCCUGCAUCUGCUGCCCCAAGUGCUGGGUGACACGGUGGCCCUCACUUUUGUGGCCUACGCCAUCUCGGUGUCAUUGGCCAUGAUCUACGCUGAGAAGCACCACUAUGUCAUUGACCCCAACCAGGAACUGCUGGCUCAUGGCCUCUCAAACCUGGUCUCCUCCCUGUUCACCUGCUUCCCCAGUUCAGCCACGCUGGCUACAACCAACAUCUUGGAAAGUGCUGGUGGACGCACACAGCUCUCUGGCCUCUUCACCAGCGCUGUUGUCCUGGUGGUCUUGCUAUGGAUUGGACCUCUCUUCUACUACUUACCCAAGGCUGUCCUGGCCUGCAUCAAUGUCACCAGCCUUCGGCAGAUGUUUCUGCAGUUCCAGGACCUGCCCGAGCUGUGGAGGAUCAGCCCCAUUGACUUCACGUUGUGGGUGGUCACGUGGCUUUCUGUGGUCGUGCUCAACGUGGACCUUGGCUUGGCAGUGGGGGUUGUGUUCUCUAUGAUGACUGUUGUUUGCCGCACACAGAGGGCUGAGUGCUCAGUUCUGGGCAGGGCAGGGGACACAGAGAUCUACAAGCCUGUCAAGCACAACAGCAAGUGCUUUGAGAUCCCAGGUGUGAAGAUUAUAAGCUACCAGGCUCCCAUCUACUAUGGGAACCGCAGCUUCUUCCGCGACACUCUGAGCCAACUUGUGGGACUCAACCAAGACGGGGAGAAGCACGAGGACCAAGCUCCAGGCAUCGAGCUCAAGAUGGACAUCAGCACUGUGGAGAGCAAUGUCUCUGUCCUGGACAAAAAGCCUGGCUCAGGCACGUCAGUACAGGCUGUCAUUCUUGACUGCAGUGGAGUGUCCUUUGUGGACGCAGCUGGAGCCCAUCUACUUAUUCAGGUGUGUGUAGAAUGCCAAAAGGCAGGCAUGCAGAUACAUUUGGCUUCCUGUAAUGCCGGUGUUUUACAGACCUUGAGGUCCUGUGGCCUUCCCCAUCAUCUUCCCCCACAGCAGAUUUUUGUCACUGUUCACGAUGCGGUUUCCUACCUUCAGCAGACUAUGGAAAGUACGGAGAUGAAGGACCCAACCAUCUGGGUGUAACUGCCUCUGUAUCAAAUCAAUCCAUGCGUACCAGGACAAGGACUAGCUGAGAUCACAGAAAUGCUAGAGGCAGCUGGCUGCCUCGGAAACCAACAAGGCCCUGUCUGCUAUAAUGGAGGGCUGUCCUAUCAGGAAUGGACAGAGAGACAGAAGAGAAAGGAGGCAGCAGGACAAGACAGAAGCUCCUUCUCUUGCCAAGACCUCUUUGGCCAGUUGUGGUCUGUAUUCAUCUACCACCACACUAAAGGAGGGUUUGAUUUGCACUCAAUCCUAUUCGAUCUCCAUCUCUUCUGGGCCCUUGUCAAAAAGUUUCGAUACACCAACAACCAGAGAUAAUUUUUUUUAUUGAAAAAACCAACACCAAAAAAACCUUUAUUCCCUUCCCCAAAUUGUUUCCUUUAUACAGGGAAAAAAACGUUUGAAGUAACCACAGGUAAAGUCAUUGCCAACAGGAAAGGGACAAUAAGCUCGUAAGAUGAAAGGAAAGGAGCAGCCGCAAAACAGCAGGUGGCAUCCAGCUAUGUUUUACUCAAGAGUACACCCAUGGAAAUUUAUGGGCCUAACUUCAUCAUGUUCUUUAACUUCAGUGAGUCUGCUCUGAGCAAAAGUUAGUGGACUUCUACUCAAUGUGAGUGAAAGGGCUGUGCAGCCUGGAACGAGAGGUCUCGUUAUAGCUGCAGCAGCCCCCACAGCUGGAAGCAAACAGGACAGGAGGAUGGGGAGGUUGGAAGAUAUUAUUUCAUGCAAAGGCUAACACACACCCCAAUGCUGCCACUGAAGAACUUGCUUGCCAAAUCUACAGCUAGCCACCCUAAAGACUGAUAAACUGCCUUUCCCUCCUCAUGUGGUUGGGCAGUAAGGCAACGCUGCAGGGCUGUUGGGAGAAAGUCAGGAAUGGGGAUGAUGUUCACCUCCUGGGCAGCCUCCCUCAAUGAGGAGGGGUUCUGCUUUUAGUUUUAAUUCUCCUUCACAUCAGUAUAGUUGACUAGUAUAGUUGACAGCCUAGUAUGAUCUGAAUUCAUGCCAUGUGUACCAAACUAAGCAUUUGCUUGUUUAGGCUGAAUUAGGAACAGGCUGUAAGCUUUCCAGUAAUAGUUCCAAAUCAAUAUGUCAACAUUUUGAAAAUAACUCUUGCUGUAUUUGAAAGUGUUGUGGGGUGGGAGAAUGUGUAGGGGUUGAAUCACUGCCCCAUUUAAUAAAUAAAUAAAGUGGCAUGACAGCAAGAGAGAGAACCCAUCUUAUUUACAUAUCAAUAUGUAUGCUAAAACUAAAGGGGCUUCACCUGCCCUACUUUACAUAGGGAGAGCAAGUGAAAGAUUCAGUGCCUUACCUUUUAGCAUGUGAUUCUGCUGAAUGGAUAAACAGAGAUGAGAGACUUGCUUCUGAGUUAACAGUUGUGCUGUAAGUCCAACUACGCUCAACAGGGCUUACUUCAGUUUUGAAUGGGACUUCAGCAGCCUCUGUUACAGCCAACUGACCAAUCUAGCAAAUGCCUUAUUUGAGACCCAGUUCUAUACCAAUAUUCUUGAAACUGUGAUCUAGCAACUCAGACAUAAUGCAUCAUCCUGGAACAAGAAGCAACUCUAUAAAAAGCAAGAGAGUUAGGCUGGAGGGGGAAGGUAGGUAGAAGGAAAAAACUAAGCAUCAAUUCUUUACCUACUGAGGCCAUUGCUUAUCUGAUGGUUGUGGCAGAAAAGCACAAGAACACUCUCAGGAAAGCAACAUGUUCCCCCUUCUGAAGAAGAGCCAUUUGCUCUGGGUCUAUUGACAUGACCAGAGGGAACCUUUAGGUCGUGGAGAGAGAGAGAGAGUGUGUGUGUUUGGAGGAAGGGGGCGCUAUGGUAGUACAACAAAUAUAUUUGAACUUCACAGCUAAAGGGCAGUGAUCAUCAGUCCUGCUCCAACCACAUUGACUCUUGCAAUUUCCAUCUCUGUCCCCUCAGCAUCACUCUCCCUGCUGCAGAAGUGCUUCAGUGCCUAGAGCUGAUUGGCUAGUGCUAUGAUUGCCUCUCUGUCUCAACACCUCUGCAGUCAGUUGCAGAUGAGCACUUCGUAGCCAGGCUGCCAGGAAGGAGUGCACAUCAUAUGGGGGAUGGGGUGGGGAAAGCGUGUCAUAUAACAGAGUGGUCUUAAUGGCUGCUGCUUACUUGCUGUAGGACCAAUCCCAUGCAUAGGACCUAAAUAUGCAGGAGAAACUAAACCCAGCCCUGCUUCAUAAGCAUUUCACACCCCCAAAAACAAGCAGCAGCUGUAGGAAGAACAGUAAUACCAAUUACGCAAUUGGGACCAAGAAGGCAAAAGGAAGCAGGGUUCAGGGAUAUGGGGGGAAAGACUUGUCAAAUGGAUUUUGUCUGAAAUAAAAACAUUGCAGUCUGUUGUA